UUUACUCUUUUCUUUCACCUUUAGCUCCUUCCUUCCUUACUUGUCAUUUGAUGAUGGAACCCAAUCCCAAUCCCAUCUCCUCUUCUCUUCUCCUCUUUCUGCUGUUUUUUACUCCAACUAUGGUGGCUCCUCUAGGUAUCAACUACGGGCAAAUUGCCAACAAUCUUCCCUUACCGGAAAACGUGGUACCAUUAGUCAAAUCCAUCGGAGCUACCAGAAUCAAGCUCUAUGAUGCUGACCCACAUGUCCUCAAAGCCUUUGCUAACACCGGCGUUGAGUUCAUCGUCAGUCUUGGCAAUGAGUACCUUUCCAAGAUGAAAGAUCCUUCUAAAGCUCAAUCAUGGGUUAAAAAUAAUGUCCAAGCUUACUUACCUGCUACUAAAAUCACCUGCAUCGCUGUCGGUAAUGAAGUUCUCACCUUUAACGAUACCAUCCUCACCAACAACCUCCUCCCUGCAAUGCAAAGUGUCCACACUGCUCUUGUUAAUCUCAAAUUGGACAAACAAGUCACUGUCACCACCGCACAUUCUCUUGCUAUUCUACAAACUUCCUAUCCGCCAUCUGCUGGAGCUUUCCGUCGGGAUCUUGUCAACUGUGUUACCCAGAUCGUGGACUUCCAUUGCAAAACUGGCUCACCUUUUCUGAUUAAUGCUUAUCCUUACUUUGCUUACAAGGGAAAUCCGAAGCAGGUCUCCCUUGAUUUCGUGCUAUUUCAGCCCAACUCUGGUAUCGUUGAUCCAGAGUCCAAUCUCCAUUACGACAACAUGCUUUUCGCUCAGAUCGAUGCUGUUCACUCUGCUUUAGCUUCCAUCGGGUACAAAAACGUCUGCGUACAGAUCUCGGAGACGGGAUGGCCGUCAAAGGGAGACGCCGACGAGGCCGGAGCUACACCGGAGAAUGCUAGGAAAUACAACUGUAAUCUGAUGAAGCUUAUUGGUCAGAAGAAGGGUACACCCAUGAGGCCUAACUCGGAUUUGAAUAUAUACGUAUUUGCCUUGUUCAAUGAGAACCUCAAGCCUGGUCCUGGUUCGGAGCGAAACUACGGCCUGUUCAAGCCGGACGGAUCUCAGGCUUACCCCUUAGGAGUCCCGGCAAUCAACGCAGUGAGUACGAAUAGCAGUAACUCCGGUGGGUCUGGAUCUACACCAUCAGCGUCAGUGCCGCCAGCAAGCUCCUCCUCCGGUUAUCUGGCCAUUACUUCUGAUUCGGGGACAAGUCUUUCUCCCUGCAAAACCUUGCUUCUCUACUUUGUGAGCUUUGGACUAUGGAAGAAACUUGACAACUACUACCACUUGUAAUAGACGAGACUCACUAAUGUUUGUAUUCUUUGAUUAUUUUUGACGACUUUGCUUUAUGGUAUUAUUAUUAUUAGAUUAAAAAGACGAUACAACAGCUUACCCA